AUGAUUACUCGGGUUCUAACUCGGAGAAGUCAGAACUUACAUUCAGUUAUUCUUACUGGAAGAAGUAUGUCGUCGUUGUACUACUUCAAGGCGACGCUUAACUCUGGAGAGGAAGUCAGCCUCUCCAAAUACACUGGCGUGACCGACUCUGAAUACAAAGCACUUCAAUCCCUUCAUGAGUCUUACGCCAACCAAGAAAAAGGUCUCCGCAUCCUUGCCUUCCCUUGCAAUCAAUUUGGAAAGCAAGAACCCGCCAGCGAUGCGGCCAUUGCCGAGUUUGUCAAGAAAUACAACUUCCAGGGCGAGCUCUUCCAGAAGAUAGAAGUCAAUGGAAAGAACGCUCAUCCCUUGUGGUCGUGGAUGAAGACUACUCCCAAAGGCAAGGGCACGCUGGGUAACGACAUCAAGUGGAACUUCACAAAGUUCGUUGUCGACCGCCAGGGUCAAGUCGUUGAGCGAGCUGCAACGACGACUUCAUCUGCCAAACUCGCGCCACAAAUUGAAAAACUUCUUCAAUCUCCUUUUGAGUAA